AUGUGUUCGUUGUUUAGACGUCGAAAUUCUCCUAAAGAGAUGGCAAUUCCGCCACCGGUUCGAAGUAUAACAUGGUCGGAGAGGAUCGCCAGUUAUGAAAGUGACGGAACACGUCAAAGCUCCAUUAAUCAGCAACGAGGAAGCUAUAGUCUGUAUGAUAUCGAGAAAUACGCAAAGAGGCUUCAGAUGGAUUGGUACCCGUUCACAAAUGAAGAAAAAGCAGCAAUACUACGUUCAUGGAAAGUUCUCGAACCACUUAAACAGUCAGUAGGAUGUGAUAUUUAUGAGAUGAUUUUCAAUCAGUGUCCAGAGGCGCGAAAGUUAUUCCCGAAGAUGAAAUUCGUGAAUUCGAAGCCGGACAAAAAAGCAUGCGAGUUUGCAUUUCAAGCUCUACGAUUUGUACAGGUAAUCGAGGGAGCAGUAAUGUCAUUGGAUAACCUUCCCGCAUUGGAUCCAAUCCUCGACAAUUUAGGUCGGAUACAUGGUAAACUUGAAGUGAAUGGGAAAUUCCGACCAUAUUAUUGGUCGACGUUUUUGGAGUGUUCUAUUUGCAUAUUCCGGAAAACUUUAACAAAUGCUCGUAAAUAUCCCGACAAAGAUAUUGAUAACGCGAUUAUAUUGUGGAGAUAUCUGUUAAGGGAUGUGAUGAAGAAAAUAAAGGCCGGCUACAAUGCUGAUAUCAGCAAUCGCAUGACGGCGUUGGCAAUAGACGAUAGUCGAAGUUUCACAUCGAUUCGCAAAGGAUCAUGUACCUCAGAAAAAUCAAAAGAAAUGUGCGAAGACGAAUGCAACGGAAAUAAUUAUGCGGGAGACAUGAACCGUGAUGGAAGAUUUCACAGUUCGUCAUUCCUCUUCAAAGUGGUACUUUACGCGAUUUGA